AUGCCGUCUGUCAGCAGCGUCGCAUACUACCUCUUCCACCCGUCCGAACUACGCGCCAUCAUCCAGUGGAAGACAUGGCACAAUCCCGUUCACGAACGCGACGAGAGCAAGGAAUCGGCAGAACUGAAAGAAUGCUUCCGCCAACUCAACCUGACCUCGCGGUCCUUUGCUUCCGUCAUCCAGGAACUCCAUCCUGAGCUCCUGGUCCCUGUUGCGCUCUUCUACCUCAUUCUGCGAGCGCUCGACACCAUCGAGGAUGACAUGACCAUCGACAUUGGCGAGAAAGAGCCUCUCCUGCGCGAGUUCGACCAUUACAUCGAUGAUGAGAGCUGGACGUACAAUGGCAACGGUCCAGAUGAGAAGGAUAGGGAGUUGCUCGUCAAAUUCAACUGCGUGAGCAGGGAGUUCAACAAGAUCAAGGAGGAGUACAAGGUCAUCAUUCGGGACAUCACAAAGCGUAUGGGCAAUGGCAUGGCCGACUACGCCAAAAAUGCCAACCACAACGCGAAUGGCGUCAAGACGAUCAAGGACUACGAGCUGUACUGCCAUUACGUUGCCGGCCUUGUUGGCGAGGGUCUUACGCGACUCUUCGUGGAAGCCAAGCUCGCCAAUCCCGCUUUGCUUCAAAGACCAGAGCUGAUGGAGAGCAUGGGCCAGUUCCUGCAACAAACAAACAUCAUUCGAGACAUUCGCGAAGAUCAUGAGGACAAGCGGUACUUCUGGCCCAAGGAAGUCUGGUCGAAGUACGUCGACACAUUCAGCGAUCUAUUCUUGCCCGAAAACAAGGAGAAAGCGCUUCAAUGCAGCAGCGAGAUGGUGCUCAUCGCGCUGAAUAGAGCGGACGAGUGCUUGUUUUACAUGGCGGGUGUCAAGGAGCAGUCGGUGUUCAACUUCGUGGCCAUCCCACAGACCAUGGCUAUUGCAACGCUCGAGCUUUGUUUCCAGAACUACGACAUGUUCAACCGUAACAUUAAAAUCACAAAGGGCCAAGCGUGUGAUCUCAUGAUGAAGUCCACGCAGAACCUGCAGCUCGUAUGCGACGUCUUCAGGACGUAUGCGAGGAAGAUCCAUAGGAAGAACAAGCCUAGCGAUCCUCACUUCCUCGACAUCAGUGUCGCGUGCGGCAAAAUUGAACGGUUCAUUGAGACCAUUUUCCCAAGCCAAACACCGAGGACGCUGCCGCCUGGCGCGACACCUGGCGAGGCACGGCCAGUGCCAGUCGACUCGGCAGAGGAGGCUAGACGGAAGCAGGAGGAGGCCGAAGCAAAGAAAGAUGUGAUGUAUCUUGUCCUUGCCAUUGUGGCCACUCUGGGGUUCAUUUCAUUCUUUCAGAUUGGAGCGGCUUGGUUUUUCGGCGCGCGAUUCGAUCUGGCGUUCAAGUCGCUCAAAGAGGGCAACGUGUUGCCGCCCAAGAACCAGGGCGAUGUGCAGAGUGUGCUUUCGAAAUUCGAGGGCCGUCGCGACGAGCUGUGA